AUGAGAAAUGAAGAAGAGUGUACACUUGCAUGGAUUGGCACUCAGAAUGUCUACGAGGCUACAAGACUCGAAACUAUCAAUUGGGUUUACUCAUAUAAGCUGACAAAUCGCAGUAUUGCGAAAGGAAAGGCCCCGAUAAGUUUCGAUAUUAAGAAGCCUCCACUUGAUCCGAUAUUUGAGGCCGAGAUGAAGGAGCUUAGAGAAGCAAUGCGGUUAUCCAAGAUAAAAACUGAGCUCGAAAAGUUGCAUCAAAAUGACCCCAAUUGUAGCAUAAGCGGGACGAAAGAUGUUGAGCCAAGUGAUAACAUCCCUGAAGCAGACACAGAUAAGAGGGGAGAACGAAAGGAAGGUGAAAACCAAGAACAAAAGGAAGGAAACCAGGAAGAUGAGAAGGAAGGACAUCAAGUUGAAAAGGAGGACGGAGAUGAAGAAGAAGAAAAAGAAGGCAGUGAAAAUGAAUCAGAGAAAGACGAUGAGGACGAAGAAGAUGAUGAAGAGGGAAAUGAUGACAGCAAUCGAGAUACAAAUGAUGAUGAAGAAAGUGAUGAAAGUUCAGAUAAUGACAAUGAUCCCGGUAAUGAAGGUGUUGUUGUUAUACGAACCUCCGAUGUGAAAAACGAAAAAGACUCUGAGCCAUAA